UGUUGUGAGGUUUGGUUUGCUGCUGUGUGCGUCUCCUCCCCCGCCCGCCACGGUUUGUGAAUAUUCGCGCUCGGCUGGGAUGCGGCAAAUCGGCUGGGUCGGCACCGCGUCCACUGCUGCGUGAGCUGCAGCGGAAUCUCGAGCGAGUGCCCGGCCACAGCUUCGGCGUCGCUUCGCUUACCGGACGAGGACUCCCUUCGCGAGCGCCGCGUGGGUCCUGGCCGGGAGCGGUGGUGUCAUUUGACCGCACCUCACGUCGGCUCGCCUCGAGAAUGAACUCGAAGGAAAACAGCGAUCCACACACUGCGAACCUGGUGGGGGCUGGCGGGUCAGGGGAUGCUAAGCUCCUCCUGAAUAAGAUGACGAGUGGCGCUCGACCUGCGAAUCCCACGGGGCAUAACAACCUGCCCCAGCGCAUCCCUGUGGGGCCCAAAUCGCUGAGCCAACAGCAGCAGCCACAGCCGCCAGCGCCCUCAUCCACACAGCCUGAGGCGGAAGCGUCUUCGUCACAGGCGGGUGGCAACCCCAACGACGUGGCCAAGACAAAGAAGCAGUGGUCGCUGGACAACUUUGACAUUGGGCGGCCGCUGGGCAAGGGUAAGUUUGGCAACGUGUACCUGGCGCGGGAGAAGAGCACCAAGUUCAUCCUGGCGCUCAAGGUGCUCUUCAAGUCUCAGCUGGAGAAGUCAGGUGUGGAGCACCAGCUGCGGCGCGAGAUUGAGAUCCAGUCGCACCUGCGGCACCCGAACAUCCUGCGCCUCUAUGGCUACUUCCACGACCGCACGCGUGUCUACCUCAUCCUGGAGUAUGCUCCGCGCGGGGAGCUCUACAAGCUGCUGCAGAAGCUGGGGAAGUUUGACGAGGAACGCAGCGCCUCGUACGUCGCGGACAUGGCGGACGCACUUAUAUACUGCCACUCGAAGAAGGUGAUCCACCGCGACAUUAAGCCUGAGAACUUGCUGCUGGGCCUCAAGGGAGAGCUCAAGAUCGCCGACUUUGGGUGGUCGGUGCACGCGCCCUCCUCCAGGCGCGCGACUCUGUGCGGCACGUUGGACUACCUGCCACCCGAGAUGAUCGAGGGGCGCACGCACGAUGAGAAGGUGGACUUGUGGAGCCUGGGCGUGCUCUGCUACGAGUUUCUUGUCGGGCGCCCGCCCUUUGAGUCAGAGACCCACAACGAAACCUACCGCCGCAUCUCCAAGGUGGACCUACGCUUCCCAUCACACUUGAGCGAUGGAGCCAAGGACCUGAUUGCAAAUCUGCUGAAACACAACCCCCACACCCGCCUGCAGCUCGCUAGCGUCUUGCAGCACCCCUGGGUCAAGGCCAACGCCAAACGCAUUGUGCCGCCCGCCUACACCGCUGCCACCACCACCAGUGCCACCACCACCAGUGCCACCACCAGUACAGCCAACUGAGGCCAGGGCUACCUUCCUCCAAUCGCGUGGGUGUAAGUUCUUGUACUGGUGCACAUAAUAUGGAGUUAAUCAAGUGGAGACGCUUUUUGGUGGGAGUGGAGUGGGUGAGGCCUGCCCUGGGGGUGUGAUGGAGGCAUGUGGAGCUGUCUGCCUGA